AUGACGUUCAAUUUCAAUCGAAAUGUUACAGCACAACAGCUGGCCGACAUCCUACCGAACGGCGUCGCCAUCCUCAACCAUCGAUAUGAACUCAUCUCCGUGAACCGCCGAUUCCGAAGACUGAUUCCAUGUACGAGCGCGAAUUUCUCCGAGUGCUGGCUGCGAUCGGUCCACGAAGACGACUAUGAACGCGUGGUCACUGAGUAUGAGGAGGCUGCCGAACCUAAACAGGCCCUGCGGAUUGAGUACCAUACGCCUGACCCAGAUUCGAUGUGGUGUGUUAUGACACUGGAACGGUUGGACAAUGAAGAUGUGCAGUUCUUUGGUCCGAGCGAGGAUGGGCUCUUCAUCUGUACAAUCGCGGAUAUUACACCAGAGAAGAAGGCGGAACUCGUCCAGAGGCAGGCUGCACAGGACGCACAGGACCGCAAGAAGCAGCAAGAGCGAUUCAUUGAUAUGAUCAGUCACGAAAUUCGGAAUCCCCUGUCGGCUAUCCUACAUUGCACGGAAGACAUUCAGGAGGCAAUCUACAACACGAAGCGGGAGGAUAUUCCAUUGUCUAACAUCACCGAAGCUACGGAGACCAUCAGUCUCUGCAUCACACACCAAAAGAAGAUCGUCAACGAUGUUCUUACCUUCUCCAAACUCGACGCUUCCAUGCUUUCCUUGUCCCCCCACAAAGUUCAGCCGAAACGACACCUCACAACUCCAAUCUCUAUAUUCCGACCCGAGAUCCGAAAGCAGAGGAUCAAGUUUGAAUACAAGGUCGAUGUCUCCUAUGGCAACUGUGGGAUUGAUUGGGUCAUGGCAGACCUUGACCGCAUGGGCCAGGUGCUCAUUAAUAUCCUUUCAAAUGCCAUUAAAUUUACCGCUAGAUCCGAAAACGAACGAAUGCUGCGAGUCUCAAUGGGAGCUGCCAUCGAGCGUCCCUCGUCCUACCCUCCAAAUGUCGUCUUCUUUGAUUCCGGCGAAGAAGGACUCCGCAAAGACGCAACGAACACACCCGAAUGGGGGGAGGGUGAAUCUGUAUAUAUCAUGGUUGCAGUCAAGGACUCUGGUAUCGGGAUAACGGACCAAGCUCAAAAACGGUUGUUUGAACGCUUCAACCAAGCCACCCCCAGGACUGAGAGUAUCUACGGUGGCUCUGGUCUCGGCCUCAACGUGUGUAGGCAACUCUGCCAUCUACAUGGAGGCGAGAUUGGUGUGAGUUCUAAGGAAGCACAAGGAAGUACUUUCGGCUUCUUUUUCAAGGCGCGCCGGACCACUGAUACGACGGAUGAAGGCCACGGCAACCUUCAUGCUUCUGAGCUCGAUAAGUUAUCUUCCGAUAUUCAAAUGCUCGGAAAUGAAAUGAACGGAGUCAACGAAUCUACCGAAGAACCCGAUAUCUCUGAAAACCCUCCCGUGGACAAAAUUGGGGAGGCAGAAAUGGGUGCACCUAACGACGAAAGAACGACACGCACAGAUAGCAUUGCGCGUGAGGUCUCCGAUGGUCAUUUCAAUCGCGAGAACCAAAGGUCGGCAGAAAAUUCUGAUAUGGAAAGAGAAGGCACCGGCGACCGCAUUCUCCUUGUCGAGGACAACUUCAUCAACAGAAGGAUUGUGUCGCGCAAAUUGAGCGCACAGGGGUUUGAUAUCACAGAAGCAUGCAACGGCCAACAGGCUCUGGAUAUGAGCCGGAACACUCCAUUUGAUUGUAUCCUCAUGGACCAACAGAUGCCUAUUAUGGAUGGCCACUCGGCAACGAAAAUCAUUCGGGACAUUGAAAAGGAAACUGGAGGGCAUGUACCGGUUCUGGGGGUGACGGCGAAUGUGAGGGACGCGCAACAAGAUGAAAUGAUGAAUGCUGGAAUGGAUGACAUCAUUCAUAAGCCUUACGGUACUCAAGAGCUCGUCAAGAAGAUCAAGCGCUUGAUUGCGACGGAAACGAAACAAUGA